AUGCCUCCCAGAGCAGCGGGUCUUGAGCACCUUCAGCAACCCUCAGAGCAACAGCAGUUUGAAGCUGAUGACGGCUUCAACAACACAUCCCAGACUGAUGUUUUGGAAGAUCCUUCACACUCUCUGGGACGAAUACCUAGACCUUUUGAGGAUGUUCCUCCUGCUGAUGAGGAUGCCAAUUACUCGAAUAAUGUUGAUACCCCGCCGGCUCAAAAUGCACAAUCUAGAAUCCGGAGGGUUCUACUAACUUUACGGGAUACACUUCAGACCAACUUCAAUUCCCUUGGACUUUCCCGACUGUACCCUUGUCGCCCAUCUGUUGAGCCAGACGAGUGUGUCCCGUCUUCGCUACUUUCAACAACAUGUCCAACCAUUGUGCAAGAGACUGAUUUACCUGGCAUUCUCCCACCUCCCUACCCUUUUCCGAACAUGACAAUUUAUCGUCUCAUGUCUUGGAUGAAUAUUGGUAGUAGUAAGAAAUCUGAGGGCGAAGUCGCCCGUCUUGUCGAGGAAGUCAUACUGGCGGAUGAUUUUGACAGAAAGCAUCUGGAGGGCUUCUCAGUGAAGAAGUGUUUACGAGAAAUGGACCACGACCCCGGCAGGAAGACUCAAGUCAAAUUUCCAGACGACUGGAUUGAGGCUAGUGUCACAAUCAAGAUUCCUACAAAAUUGAGGGAGGACGAGGCUAGACCUUUUUCCAUUCCAGGGUUCCAUUUUCGCCCUCUCAUCCAAGACGAGUUGCAGAAACUUCCUAAGGAGCCCGGAUGUUCACUGGAACGCAUAAUUGCUGGCCUUAUGUUUUUUUUGGAUGCCACACAUCUGGCAAAUUUUGGAACAGCGAAGGCUUGGCCCCUCUAUAUGUACUUUGGAAAUUUGACCGAGUAUGCACGUUCCGCACCAAAGUCCGGCGCAUGUCACUUGGUAGGUUUUUUUCCCUCGUUGCCUGAUAGGAUUAAAGAUGUUCUGAGCGACUUGCCUCGGAUAUCAAAAUCUGGCAUGGCUGCCCUUCACACUCACUGUCGACGAGAGUUGUUUCAUGGAUGCUGGGAUACCUUACUAGAUACAGACUUUCUUCACUCAUACUGCCAUGGUAUUGUGUUAAAGUGUGCCGACGGAGUGUUUUGCAGGAUUUUUCCUCGCAUAUUCACAUACUCCGCCGACUAUCCUGAAAAGGUGUUAAUUGCCACUAUGAAGGACAUGGGCCUCGUCAAAGAUAUGAGGAGCCAUAUAAGUAAUGUUCGAGUCUAUGUCGAAACGAAUGUUGUCAAGGCACAAGAGUACAUUUAUCAAUGGGGAAACACUGUAGAUGGCACGAAGGUUCAAGAGACACUUGGAGAGGGCUCUUUCCUCGACUCAACAUUCAAAAAGCUCUCGAGGCAGUUGCAGAAGUUCUGCAAGUCUACCUGUGCUGCUUUUGACACUUCAGAAUUACCAAAAGAGAAGGCGGCUCGUCAGCGAUGGCUCGCCAAAUGUGUUGGAUACAACAGCGCUUCUUCAGCAUCUAAUGGUGGGCCGAGGGUGAAAAAGUUCAAUCUAAACACCUACAAGUUUCACGCAAUGGGUGAUUACACACAAACCAUUAAGUUCUUUGGGACUACUGAUUCUUUCACCACUCAAAUCGGGGAGCUGGCGCAUAGAGCUAUAAAAGUGUUCUAUCCACUAACUUGCAAACUAGAUACUCCAGCGCAGCUAGAGAAGCACGAGCGCCAGCGCCGUGUGUUACGGCAAAUCAAGGAAGCAGCAGAUAUGUCCUCCUCAAGUAAUGAAUAUCCGACCAACUCUCUUGCUACGUCCGAGUCGUUGAUCCAGGACCAUCAUUCUAUCUCAACAAGUAGAAAUAAUCCAAUCUCGUUGUUCACAUUCCUCCAGGAAAAUGAUGGUGAUCCAGUGAUCAAGAACUUCAUCCCGAGGUUGAAGGAUCACAUUCUGUAUAGGCUGAAGAAGUUGGACGUUAGUCACUGUGACCACACAUUCACAGACCAGGAACGCAAAACGGUCAUCAUUCCUAACAAUACUGUCUAUUCAGUUCAGACCAUGCAGAUACAUUAUACGACAUAUGACAUGAGGUGCGAGUAUGGACACCAUCAACCCAAAACACAUGGAGACGUGAUGGUGCUUUCAGGAGAAAGCGCUCCCACCCACCCAUAUUGGUACGCUCGUAUACUGGGUAUCUAUCACAUGGACACUUGGCUUGAAGGUGGUGGUGAAACCGAAAAACAGCAACUCGAGGUUCUGCAUGUCAGAUGGCUCGCACCGUUGAUGUCAUAUGGGUCUGGCAUGCAACGCGCUCGCCUUCCUAAAGUAGCAUUCAUUGAUGAGUCGGACCAUGACGCAUUCAGAUUUCUUGAUCCCGGCCAAGUGAUUCGAGGAACACAUUUAAUUCCUACAUUCACUUCGGGGCGCGGUUCAAGCUCACUUCGCCACGGAAAAUCACUAGCACGUCGUAAUGGGGAAUUAGAUGACUGGGAAGUGUAUUACGUUGGGAUGGCUAGUUUUGUUGAUCACGACAUGUUCUUGCGUUACACCGAUUUGGGCAGACUGUUUGGCCUCCAUGCACUGGUAGAGGCUAUGGAUGUCGAUGAAGGUGGAGGCGAUGGUGAGGACCAUGAAGAAGCUGAUGAUGAACAACCGAUGGACGUUGACCUUGCUGAUGAGGAAUCAGAGGGCGAACAUAAUGACAUCGAGGGCGAGGAAGAAUCGGACGACGGGUUUGAUGACCUCGAGGAGGACAUUGAGUAUGAGUUUGACGAACUCUCGUUUAGAGAUAGGCCCGACUUCAGUGAUUUGUACAACCCUACCGAAUGUCUGUUGGAAUAUUGA